AUUCUGAGAAAGCUGUAACGAAAGGGAAGGGGUUUAAUGGCGAGAUUCGACGCGAAGACGAUCGUCAAGGACAAGAGAUUCUGGGUCGCUUCCUUGCUCAUCGUCUGGGCUGCUGGUCUUCAGGGUCACAUGAUGUGGCUGCAGAAGCAAGAAUCGUUCAAGCAGAAAUUUGGAACAAUCGACGAAGACAAGUGAGAGAGUGAGAGAUUCAGUUUCAACAGCUUUCUUUGUGUGUGUGUGUGUGUUUUGUUUUGUGAGCAUUUGAGGAUAAUUAGAUUUUUAUAUGAAAUUUUAAUCAUACAUACAUAAUAAAGCUUGUUUUAUGAUUCCUGAUCUCUAUACUCUCUGGUUACUCUUUGAUCGAGUUUUA